CUUGCAGAGGAUGGCCGCUUGCUGACCAUGUGGAGCCCGCGACUACGCGUCGUGGUGCUCUUGAGCGCGUGUUUGCUGGCCUCUGGGUGCUCGCCCGGGCCCGGAGGGGGUCGACGGCGAAGUCCCCGAAAGCUUACGCCACUUGUGUUCAAGCAGCAUGUGCCCAACGUUCUUGAGAAUACCCUCGCUGCUAGUGGUCUUGCGGAGGGCAAAGUGGAUCGUGGUCACAAACGAUUUCGUGACCUGGUACCCAACUACAACUCGGAUAUCGUGUUCAAAGACGAGGAAGGAACAGGAGCCGAUAGGCUCAUGACGCAGCGCUGCAAGUACAAGUUGAACACUUUAGCCAUCUCGGUGAUGAACCAGUGGCCCGGAGUUCGUUUACGUGUGACGGAGGGCUGGGACGAGGAGGGCCACCAUGCCCCACGAUCCCUCCACUACGAGGGACGUGCUGUGGAUGUGACGACAAGUGACCGAGACCGAUCCAAGUACGGCAUGCUCGCUCGCCUGGCCGUCGAAGCUGGCUUCGACUGGGUCUACUACGAGUCUCGCACGCACAUUCAUUGCUCCGUUAAGUCAGAAUCGUACGGCGCCUCACGCACCGGUGGAUGUUUUCAUGGAGAGGAGCAGGUCGUCACUCGGUCUGGGCCAAAGCAUCUAGCAGACUUACUCUUGGGAGAAGAGGUCCUUGCAGUGAAUGACCAGGACAGACUAGUGUUCAGCGAAGUAAUUCUCUUCCUGGAUCGCAGCCCCCACGAAGAGCGACUCUUCUAUACCAUCGAAACAGAGUCUGGUCGUCGCCUAAGCUUAACUCCAGGACAUCUCCUGUACUACACUCCAAGGCAGAGCGUCCAGCCACGAGCCACGUUCGCAGCCCGUGUCAGGGCCGGAGGUUUUCUCCUCACAGACACAAAUGUGAGCAGUGCAAAUUGCGCCAAUCGGCUGCAGUUGGACCGCGUGCGUGGUGUCCGAUCGCGACUGGCAGUCGGUGUGUAUGCACCCUUGACUCAAGAAGGCAGUGUUCUAGUGAAUGGUGUCGCCGCGUCCUGCUACGCCGCCAUAGACGAUCACUCGCUGGCGCACGCAGCGUUCGCUCCACUCAGAUUGUGGGAGAACUUAAAAGACAGUACUUUGUUGUUCCUGCAGUUUAUGAACAUUGUGAGGGAGCGGCCGAACGGGCGACCACACGACGCGACGGCCAGUACAUUAGUUGGCUUUCACUGGUACGCCCGUCUAUUGUACAAUAUGUUUUUCAGCUUGUUGCCCAGAUCAUACAUCCUGGACUAGAGUACCGCACGGCCCGCGCCUGGCCUGAGCUCCGCCCGGCCCGAUGGUUAUAUACUUGGCUCCAUAGGAGGAAUUUCAAGGUUGGUUUCCUGAACCGGGCCCCGUCCGUGUCCAUGAAAUCUGUUGACUAUCCGGCCCGGCCCGGCCCGUCAACUACAGGGUAGCGGGCUAUAAAAGCUGAUUGUGGCUAACUAAGUGGCGUAGCACAGACCAGAGCCCGAUUCAGAGUCGUCAAUGUGCGGACCCAGACCAGGCAGCACAAAAGAAGGCUGUACCCGGCUCGGGCUUUCAGGUAAGCCCGAGCCCAUGCUUUGCUCUACCCUGGGAUGAUUCAUUUGUACAUAUUUAUGUCGAUAAUUAUUCACUUAAAUUAUUUCUUUGUUGUU